AUGAACUUUGACGCAGUCUUGCUCUUGGAUAAGGCGGCUGCACCCUCUGCUGCUAGUCAGUCAGAACAACUGAAGGCAAGGCAUCAAGUCAUGGAGCAAAAUGUGAGUAUAGUGUCAAGGGCGCAGUGGGGAGCAGCUCCACCUAAAGAGAGGGAGAGUCUGAAGAGCUUGGCCCGAAGAGUUGUCAUACACCACACUGCAACCCCAAGCUGCAGUGGCCUGGAGAAGGGUAAGAAGCAGGUCUUCAGCAUCCAGCGAGUUCACAUGACAGAGAGAGGCUUCAGUGACAUUGGAUAUAAUUUUCUCGUUGAAGAAGGCGGCAUCGUGUUCGAGGGCCGUGGCUGGGGUGUGGUUGGGGCACAUUCCAAAGGAAACAAUCAUGACUCCCUGGGCAUUGCCUUCAUUGGCAAUUUCAACAAUGAUGUACCAAGCAAAGAGGCGAUACUGUCGGUCAAACAGCUUCUGCAAUCUGGAGUUUCCCAGGGCUUUUUAUGUAAAGAGUUUUCUCUGUUGGGACACAGAGACCUGGCUGACACAGAAUGUCCAGGAGAGAAGCUUUAUUCUGCACUACCAAAACUGAGGGGAACCAUAUAA